AUGGCAUUGAGUCGGGCAGCAGCUCACUGGGGAUUACACACGAAAAAUUGGGUGUUGAUUAACUGUGAUCGUCAAUGCUUAGAUGAAGUCUCGCGAAUCGCUGCGGACGCGCUCCAAGGCCGCAACAAAGUAAUCUUCACGCCAAAACGCGACAUCGGCGACCACGUGGUUCUCUACAAUACGCGCAAGAUCGCUCUCGAAGGAAAUCAGUGGGAAGAGCACACUUAUCACCAAAAAUUGGACUGGUCCAUGAAACGCUUAAAAUCGUACUACAAGAACACGCACGAGCGAACGGAACGAGAGGCUCGUCUCAGACGAAACUUUUGGAUCACUGCCGAAGAAGCACAUCUAUUAGAUCCAACUUACGUUGUGCGCGCAGCUAUUUACGACAAACUUCUUGGCGGGAGAAAUUCUGACAAGGACGCCUCGAUGGCCAGGUGUAUUGCUUAUUCUGAUCGGGAAGUGCCAAAAGAUAUUCUACAAAAUAUAAACGAAAUCGCCGAUUUACCUCCCGUAACAAAGAAGCUUUCCGACUAUACUGCCGAAGAGCGAGCCGCGUUUCCUCAAAUUGUUUCAGCAUCGGAUGAAGCUAGAAUUUACGAAACAGACGAUCUUAAAGAAAAAUACUUUUGGGAUAAGACACUCGCCGAAAAGAUGGGCGAUAUUGGGUCUGAGGAAGAACUUCAGUUUUAUAAAGAGCAGGGCUUUGAUGAGUUCGUUACGCAGCCAGGCGAAAAGCGACGUACUAAUACUGGGAUGGGAGUGCACGGGCUGCACUACUUCGUCAAGCAGCGCGCGCAGGAAUAUGUCAGCUCGGAGAAACUGACGAACUUCUUGCCCAGCGUCAAGAGCCGCGACGGCAAGAUCCGCGUCAUCAUCGAUGGCAACAACUUUGCGUACGCGCUGAUGAACCAGUCCCGCUCGCCAGGGUGCUUCGGAGGCGAGCCAGCAGUCUACGAAUAUCACAUGCGACUCUUCCUCGAGAACAACUUGACAUGUUGCGAUGAAAUCAUGAUGAUCAUGGGCUGCUCAAUCCCAGCCGGUUCGCCGGAGUGGGUCAAGAAACGUGCCAGCGAGCACGAUGGCUUCACGCGCCUCUUCGAAAACGUGCACGCCGGCCGCUCCCCUCACAGUCUGGGAAAGUAUGGCCGCGACGGUCUCAAGAGCUACGUCGAUCAGAAAGCCUCCCCACCAUGGUUUGUCAAUCAAAUCAUGGAAAUUGCCGCCGAGUUCCCAAGAGUCAAAGUCUACCAGGCAGAAUGCGACAAAGACUACGCGAUUAUGGAUUUGGCGGUCACUUUGGGAUGUCCAAUUAUGAGUAACGACUCGGACUAUCUGCUUUUCGCCGUUCAGGGAGGCUUCAAUCCGGAGUGCGAUUUUACGAGGGAAGAUCUAAUGCCCUUCUGGUUCGGAUUAAUUGGCGCAGAACACUUCGAAGGCGACAAUAUUCCUCAAGUACUGCCGUACAUUGUCGACUGGCUGUCUGACAAUUUUAGAGAUGCGGGCGAUUGUGCCUCGAUUGAGCGCAUUUGUCGGAAACUCGACGAAGUUGCUUUGAAAUCGGAAGAAAUGUACCACGACUUGGUGCGAAAAUCGUUCUAUUGCGAACGAGCGAGGCGAAAUAGAUUCAUUAAAAGUAUCAGGCGAUUCAUGGUUAUGGACAAGGCCUAUCCUUGGGAAGAAGACAAGACAUUCAAUACUGUUCCUGCAUUUUACCGUUCCAAAAAAGGAAAACAUCCGCUUCUUCGCGGUGCGAAAAAUACAGAAGCAUUCGAUGCGCUUCCUGAGCCAAUUGCAAGUGCUUUAGAAGCCUCCAGGGAUGCAGCCCUUUCCGCUGCGUUGCCAGUUCCAAUCUUCACGGAACAAGUAUUUCAAAUUUGGAACUGUCUUCACGAACGAUCGACUGAAGAAGAAACCGUCGAUGAAGAGCUAGAAGUGGAUCAGUUGAAAGGGAAUAAAUUACCAGUUAUCUCAAUGCUCUUGAAAAAGUACUUACGCCGAGAGCUAGCGAUUCUAGAUAUUGAUGAAGCUCGGUACUACAGAUAUAAGCCCAAUACGAAGUCGUGGAAUAUCAUAAUCGAGCAAGAGUGGGCUUUUCGAUAUCUAUCAAAAAAUGAAGUUCCCACGCUUCCCACCCUGUACAAAUCAUCCCGGGAAGAAAAAGUACGCGCAUUCCUGGCCUGCUUCGAUGCGGAAAUCGUCAUGUUCAUCGAUCCUAAUUUCAGCAAUAUGCCGUGCUUUAUGAUCACUUUUAUCGCAUGUUUGAGAUAUCUGUGGGUGCAGACGAACAUGGAAGAGUGGGAAGUGGACGCGUUUGUGGCACAAUUUGCCUUGCUCGAUCUUUUUACUUCGCCUGACAAGCACUUUCGUCGGCUAAAGUGGCUCUUUGGAGGUGGCGAGGAAACCUGUCCGGUGGAGCUGCCCGCGUGUGAGCGAAGUAUAACGCUGGCGAACCUCUUUGCAGCAGUCUACUACGCCGUAAUGCGGUGUCAAGUCGUAACGGGUCUUCCCUUCCAGGAUGGCAAUGGAAAACCAUGUCUCAAGGAUAUCUUCUCCGGCUCUGUGUUCGCCUGCACUUACCAAAUCCUAAAAUCGAGUCCUGCAAAGAGAAACAGUGGCCGCUACGCCUGUGGAAUCUACGACGAUAAGUGGCUCGGCAUGAAUCCCGAAAGCAACAACAAAAUGGAGGCUGAAUGCUAUGAAAAGGCAGCAACCGUCUAUGAUCGCAUGCGAGCGAACUUUAUUACUCCUCUAAGAAAAUUUGAUGCCAGGCUGGCAGAAAUGAAAAGCGCCGAACAAGCACGACAAGAAGAAUUAAAACAGAAAGCUGAGAAGGAGAAACUUCGCGCCCUUAGAAAAGCACGAAAAGCUCAAGAAGCCAAUCCUCUGGAUCGAGACUUUUCAAAUCUCUUACAAAAACACGAAUCUAUAGACAACUGCGACGGCUGGCUGAACAGGGCUCUAGGGGACCAUUCUAGUGAUUCUGCUGCGCCAGAACUUCGCUCGCCAAAUAUAGACGACCUGCCAAUAGCGCGAAUGCAACUCGAGGGGACUAGUUCGGGUGACGAGCAGACACUACGUCCAGACGCGGUCUCACCUGAACAGACCAUUACUCCUGAUGAUUUCGAAACUCCUUCCAUUCCUGAGGGGGAAUCUCCUUCCUUCGAAAUGCCAGAUGAAAACGAAGCGAAGCCAAUCAUUGACAAGGUCGACGACACUCCAGUUCGACGACCAGCAUCAGUGAUUGCUCCACCGCCUCAAAAGGAACCGAGCGGCGUUAAAAUAGACGAUAUAUUCGAGCGAAUUCAAAAGGCUUCCGAGACUCCUGAACCAAAACCUGCUUCAGAAGCCAAAAGCCCUGCUCCUUCUACAAGUCAAAAAGAUAACUCAUCAACUCCACAAACUGAUGCAGCUAAAACGCCGAAAGAAAUUCCGAAAAAUAUGCAAGAACUCAAGCAGCUAAAGAAGUCACUGACCAAGUAUGAAUAUAACUUUAUUAGUAGCAAGAAAAAUGUAGAAAAGGAGGGAUAA